AUGUCAGACGCGGCGAAGCUGACGGCGAGCGAGUGGUACUUCUUCAGCUUCAGGGACCGCAAGUACGCGACGGGUUCGCGCACGAACCGCGCCACCAAGACGGGGUACUGGAAGGCCACCGGCAAGGACCGCGAGGUGCGCAGCCCGGCCACCCGCGGCGUCGUCGGCAUGAGGAAGACGCUCGUCUUCUACCAGGGCCGCGCCCCCAACGGCGUCAAGUCCUGCUGGGUCAUGCACGAGUUCCGCCUCGACUCGCCGCACACGCCACCAAAGGAGGACUGGGUGCUGUGCAGGGUGUUCCAGAAGCGGAAAGACAGCGAGCAAGACAACGGCGGCGGCUCCUCGUCGCCGACGACCUUUGCCGGCGCAUCGCAGUCGCAGGGGGUCCUGCCGGAGCCGGACCAGCCCACCAGCAUGAUGGACGCGUCGUACGUAGUCGACCAGCCGGGCUCUACCGCCGGAAUAUUCGCUGCACCGCCGCAUCAUCAUCAGGAGAACCUGAUGAGCCUCGGUAUUGGUGGCCUGGACGCGUUGCUGAUGAACGGAGCGAUGUGGCAGUACACCUCGUCGUCGGUUUUCGAUCACUUCCCGCAGCAGGAAGUGACCAGCUCGCCGACGAUGAUGGGGCUAGGCAGCUCCAGGGGAGGAGGAGGAGACGGCGGCUGCAGCAGCAGCUUCUUCUACGACAGCGGCUUCGAGGACAUGGCCAACAUUGGGGGCAUGGGGUUCCCACAGGGAUGGACUGGCUGAGAGGACUGAUCGAGGAGGCACGUACCAAUUGCAAUGCGUACGUACGUGCAGGUGCAGCCAUGGGAGAUGGACUGGGCAUUGUGAAGGAAAUGAUUGAAUUGAUUCCAUUAGUACUAGUACCCUCUAGUAUUAUUGUACAGUAGGUACUUAGCGUGAGGUUAGAUUACUAGAAAUUGUUAAGAGUGCACCUCUCCAAUCCAAAAGGAAAAAAAAAAACGGAAAGAAAAAGUAGAGUGCAUAUGUGCAUAAGAUAGAUCGAUGGUUUGGUUCACCUGCAUGACGACAACUGUAUAUAUGUAUAUGUAUCUCUUUGCUCCUACUAUAUGUUUGUAUAUAUUUUAAGUACAUGAUGCAUGUGUGCGUGGCACACAAGAACUGUUACUGAUCAA